UAUGACGACUCAUAAUGAAAGCGAAAGUUUUCUUUACACAGAUAUAUAUUUGCUCUUUGGAUCAAGCAGAUCACUUACUUAAGGCACUUCCUCGGACAAGACUAGAGGAAAAUUUGCAUCAAGAUGUCUCCCGUGAAUCAAAAGGUCCCACAACCUGGGGACCUGAUAGAAAUCUUUCAUGAUUUAUACAAGCAUUGGGCUGUAUACGUUGGGGAUGGCUUUGUUGUUCACCUUACAACAGCAAAUGGAUCCAGUGCAACAAGCAGCAGUGGCAGCAGCAGCGGGGCUGUGUCAAUGCCAAAAGCUAUGGUGAAGUACGAAAAACUGAAAGCUGUUGUUGGAGAUGCCAAAUGGAAAAUCAACAAUUUAAGGGACGGCCAGCGCCGACCCCUGGACGCCAAGAUCAUCGUGGCAAAAGCUUUCCAGCUGGUGGGCUCCGAGCCCGAGUACAAUUUAUUUUUGAAUAACUGUGAACACUUCGCUACAGAGAUGCGCUACGGCACACGUCGAUCUCGACAGGCAUUAAUUGGAGCUGUAAGAGCAACCUGUGUGGCGUUGAUCCCUAUAGGAGCUAUGGCUGGAGUUGCAGGUUUAGCAGUGGUAGGACUGUUUUGGUCGGGUUCUGAGGCCAUAAAAAUGGUUGGUGACAUGUUCUUAAAGUCCUAAACACCUUAGAUAAGAGUAUGUGAUAUUAACACAAUUUAAACCAAAUGUUUAAUGACAAACUUGUAAUUCACUUUGUCAGCGUACUUUUUAAUACGUUAUCUUUCAAUAUGGUUAUUACUUAAUUAAAGGAAUUAUUACUCA